AAUAUUUGUGUUCUCAGCUUUUUAUUUAUUUACGUUCAGUUGUAUGUUUUUGUACUAUUGAUUUUAUUUAUAUUAUUAUUUAAUUUAGGUACUUGUUUUUUGUGUUAAUUAUUCAUGUCAUGUCAUUACCUGCCACAUCAACGAAAGAGAAACUAGGGUAAUGGAACAAAUUGAGGAAAUUUGUUGGUACCAUCCUAAGAUAACCAGAGAGGAGGGAGAGAAACUUUUGUUAAAAGAUGCAAGAAACUCCAACGGGCUGUUUAUUGUAAGAGAUAGCAUAUCAUCUCCAAAUGAUUAUGUUCUAUCGGUUUUAUAUGAAAAUCAAGUUAGUAAUUAUCAGAUUCGAAGGCACCAAGAAGAUGCAUUUUUCUCUCUGAAUGAUUUAGGAAAACUGCAUGGCCUAGAAACGCUAAUAGACCACUAUCGAAGAAAUCCCCUCUCUGACGACGGAUUAGUCCUUACAGAUUUUGUUAAAGGUACAAUACCUCCACAUGAAACUCUAAGAUCUGGUUUUACUAAUUUACUUCACAGAGCAACUAAGGAAGGAGAUCAUAAAGUUGUUGCAGAGUUAUUUCAGUCAUCAGAGUCUAAGUAUUUAGGCGAUAAACGUGACGCAAAAAAUCAAGAUGGUAAAACAGCCACUCAUAUAGCUGCAAUUAAUGGACAGAAUGAUAUUUUAAAGACACUUAUUGAUCAUAAUUCUAAUGCUAAUCUACGAGAUGCCGGAGGACUAACUCCUUUACAUUAUGCUUGUCAAUACAACAGAGUUGAAACUGUGAAGUUGCUAAUAAUAUCUGGUAGAGCAAACAUUCAAGCACAAAUCACUGAUACCAGGGAAGUUCCUCUACAUAUAGCCGCCAGUAAAGGACAUAUUAAUGUUAUGCGGGCAUUACUCAGUUUAAAUGCGCCUGUCAAUCCUAGAACAAAAGAAGGUUUGGUUCCUGCACAACUAGCCAGAAUAAAUGGACAUACAGAAGCUGCAAGAUUUUUAGAAGAGUAUGUACCGCCAACGCCAAAGCUUCAAAAAAUACAUUUUUAUCACGGCACAUUGGAUCGAAACGAAGCCAUUGAAAAAAUCAAAAGUUAUGGCCUCAAAAGUGGUGUAUUUUUAGUUAGAUAUAGUGAAAAAAUUAAUUCUUACAGCUUGACCUUAUACCAUGAAGUUUUUAAAAACUAUAUUAUCUGUAGAAAGGAUAACUAUUAUUUCAUCGAUGAUGGACCUUUACUUAACUCUUUGGAACAUUUAGUAGAUUACUACAGUACAUUUGCUGAUGGUCUUGUCACAGCUCUUACAUUUCCUGUGCCACCCCCGCCAAAACCUGCGGCACCACCUAUUUCAACCUUAAACAGGCAUCGAAAAAGGACAAUUCGUGCCAAAUUAAAAGAUCCACCUGCGGUACCAAGAGAAACAAUCAUAUCGAAUCAAAUAGGGCCCUUCCAGAAUACUACUCUUAGUGCUGACAAUGGUUUGGUAAAUAACAACAACGAUGAUGACUCCAUUUUAGGAAAAAAUAAUAAUCAGGAGGAAAAUUUUAUUCCACAAGAAAGGCUGAUACGAAAAAAUUUGAUUGGCGAGGGUGAAUUUGCAGCCGUUUUUGAAGGGUUAUUGAUUGGCAAAAACGGAGAACAUAUUAAAGUAGCCAUAAAAACACUUAAAAAUGAACAGCAGGAGAGUACUAAGGAAAGUUUUUGUAGAGAAGCAAAAGUUAUGAAGAAAUUGAAUCAUCAGUGUAUUGUGAAACUGUUAGACGUAUCUUUGGGGCCUCCGUAUCAAAUGAUACAGGAAUUGGUUACUUUAGGUUCAAUUUUACAGUAUAUUUCUAUUCACAGGGAUGAAGUUAAGCCAGAAGUAGAGUUUCAGAUUUGGGCCGCUCAAAUUGCAUGUGGUAUGCAGUAUUUGGAAGAAAAACGAUUUGUGCAUAGGGACUUAGCGGCUAGAAAUAUCCUCUUGGCAUCGAGAUUUCAAGCUAAAAUAAGUGAUUUUGGGUUAUCUCGCGCUUUGGAUCUUGAUCAUCAAUACUACAGAGCUUCGCAAGGAGGUCGUUGGCCUUUAAAGUGGUAUGCUCCAGAAUCCUACAAUUAUGGUCAAUUUGAUCAUAAAAGUGACGUGUGGAGUUUUGCGGUUACCAUUUGGGAAAUGUUUUCUUUUGGUGCCAUUCCCUAUGGCGAUAUGAAGGGUGCUGAGGCUAUUAUUCUUAUAGAUAGCGGUAAAAGACUAAAGAAACCUGACGCCUGUCCACCGCAUAUAUAUAAAAAGAUGUUGCAGUGCUGGUCGGAAAACAAAAAAGAUAGACCGUCUUUUAAAGAGCUGUAUGAUUUUUUUAAAGGAGAGUCUGCGUAUACAAAUUUACAGGAAAUGGUUCCUGAUCCUGACUUAGCUGCCUACGUUUAAUGAGUGCCUUAAAAUUAAUAUAUUUCGACGAGUGCCAAUUAUCAAUAUUUUUUAUAAUGUAUUAAAACUUUUAAAGUCUUUAGUUUAUAUUAGAAUAUAAUAGAAUUUGGUGCUAAACUGGACAAUCAAUAAUUUGAGAAGAAAACAUGAUUUCAAGGUCUAUAAGGUUUAUACAAUACAGAAAACAUAUAUAAUAUAGAUUUCAGAAAUCA